CCGCGAUCGUGCUGUGACACCUCCGCGCGGGUAUGUUGAAUCUCCAGUUCCCUUUUGAUUUCUCCACCAUUCGGAGCCACAGCAUGUCUUGAAACAGACUUCCUCAUGGACGACUUCACUGCAGAGAUGUUCGCUACUGGGCGCGACUUUGACUCCUCCGAGAGCUCAAGCCAGCGCCCCAACAAUGACCAGAACGAUGGUAAUGACAAGCAGCCCGAGCCAAAGGCCGAAUCAAGCUCUCAGAAAACAGGCCUACGCGGAGGAUUGGCUGCUAUUCGCCAGAAAGCUAGCUUACAGGACCGAUUAGUAGAAAAGCUUCUUCAGCAAGUUAUACCUACGGAUAGCGAUGACCAAACCGAGGUUCACUUCGUCGGUGAUGAACAAUCAGCCACUCAUACCGAGAGGCCGAACUUCAACAUCACUACCAUGUCCUACAAUUUUCGGCGAUUCAACGCUCGAAUAGGCGUUGUCUUUAAAUUCCAGGCCCGUGUGGAACGUAUUCUAUCCUGGAAGCGCGCAUCGCAUACUCUAUCGCUCCUCGCCGUCUAUAGUUUUGUCUGCCUGGAUCCUUAUCUCCUGUUUGUGCUGCCUGUUGCUAUCCUUCUGUUCGGUGUCUUCAUCCCCGCGUUCCUGGCACGGCAUCCCGCACCACCCAAGGGAACCUUGUCGAGUGAGCAGAAUGUCGGAUAUUCUCCCCAGGGACCACCUUUGGCACCUGCGGCGACGGUGAAACCAGUCAAGGAACUCAGCAAGGACUUCUUUCGGAAUAUGCGCGACCUACAGAACUGCAUGGAUGACUUUAGUCGGGGACACGACCAGGUCGUCGCCUUGCUUGUACCAGUGACGAACUUUAGUGAUGAGGCUCUCAGCUCGGCUCUAUUUUUAUUUCUUACAGCCGGGGGCAUUUUUAUGACCAUCGCGGCCCAAAUCCUACCAUGGCGCUUCAUAUUCCUUCUUGGGGGUUGGGUUACCGUGGGUAUGGGCCAUCCGCACGUCGCCCGCCUCAUUGCUGCUGCUCAUCGAGAGCGUCUCCAACCGCAAGAGGCCAAAGCUCGGUCGUGGUUAGAUAGCUGGAUCAGUUCAGACGUUAUCCUCGACUCCAGUCCUGAAACGCGUGAAGUGGAAAUUUUUGAGCUACAGCGCAAAACCUCGGGUGGUGGCGAGUGGGAGCCUUGGCUUUUCAGUCCUUCUCCUUACGAUCCUUUGUCACAACCUCGAAUUGCAGGUGAACGACCACGUGGAACACGCUUCUUUGAAGAUGUCAUGCCACCCGAAGCGUGGGAAUGGAGCGAGAAGAAAUGGGCUCUAGACCUUUGGAGUCGUGAAUGGGUAGAAGAACGUAUUAUUACAGGGGUUGAAGUUGAGACAGAAGGCGAGCGUUGGGUUUAUGACAUAUGGGAUGAGCGAGACGGGCGAACGGGUGUCGUGGAAGUUCCUAUUAACGAGAAGGGAAAGCAAAAGGCAAUACCGAAGCCAAGCUGGGAGGAGAAUGAAGACGGCAGUGGCCGGAGAGGUGACUGGAGACGACGGCGAUGGGUCAGAUUGGUGAAGCGUAAGGCGGCUCAAGUACAGCCAAGUUGAUCUGAUACAUCUCUAUAGUAUCACGUUCCUACUUUGAUUUCUCGUAUUAUGCAAGGUGUUGGUCGGGGCAUGAGAUGGUCUACACAAUUGUGGCCAAACAUGGGCAUUGUUAUGUAAGAAUUGACAUGGCAUCAAGAAAUUCCAUCUGAGUUAUGCUUAUUCAAUUGGACAGUAUGGGCUACCAAAAAGUGAAUACUAAAAAUCCAAUCCUAAUGCUGAAGUCACGCUUUCAGAGGCCCAAGUGGUAUCAUGCUGAACAGGCCUCCCCUGUGGCCACAAAAUCGGAAGUCGUCAGAUGUCUCUGAUCUGUGUCACAACAUUCUAUAUGCGCUUCGCUCAUAACACAUCAAAACCGUGAAUCGUAACGAGAUAAAAGAAAUAAACCAAGACGCUGAAUGGAUAUCAUUGAAUGGCCAUCUUGUCAAGAAUCUUCUGAAUGCCCUUCGUGCUCCCACGGCCCUGGUCGAGCUCCUCGGCCAUUUUGCGGGCCCGCUCGAUGAGGACGCUGAGAACUUUACGGGUAUACUCGAAGCUGCCUGUGGACUCCAUGUAGGCAACAGCGUAUCGCUUGAUCUGGGUGUCCGAGGUCUUCUGCUUAAGGAUGUUGAUGAGCUGGAGAUUGGUGGGGUUGGUGCGAAUACUGUGGAUGACGGGGAACGAGAACUUGCCCUCGGUCAGAUCCUCGCACAUUCCCUUGUUAUGGCUGUACUCCUUCGAGGACAAGUUCAUGUAGUCGUCUCGAAUCUGAAAGAUGAGACCAAUCAGGUUGACGAGCGGAACACAGUCUGUAGGACUAGGGCCGUUGGCUUCCGCCGCCAUAAG